UGGCGGCGGCGGUCAGGGAGGCGGCGCGGAACCAGUAGACGAGACCGCCCCUUCCUCGGAUGCAAGCAGAGGCAGCGGAUUUGCUUUCAAGCAUGCCUUUCCAGAAGCACGUCUAUUACCCGCUCUCCGGCUGUCCGGAGAGCCCUGCUGCCCCUAUGGCUCCUGCCACCGCCGCGGCGGGCGCAGCAGGGGCAGCCACCAUGGCCUAUGUCCCCUCCACCGGGGCUUCGGGGCCCCUGCCUUUCUUCCAGUUUCGGCCGCGGCUGGAGAGCGUGAACUGGCGGCGGCUGAGCGCAAUCGACGUGGACAAGGUGGCGGGGGCCGUGGACGUCCUCACGCUGCAGGAGAACAUCAUGAACAUCACCUUUUGCAAGCUGGAGGACGAGAAGUGCCCACACUGCCAGUCGGGCGUGGACCCGGUGCUGCUGAAGCUCAUCCGCCUGGCGCAACUCACCAUCGAGUACCUGCUGCACUCGCAGGAAUUCCUCACAGCGCAGUUGCACACGCUGGAAGAGCGGCUGCGCCUGAGCCUCAUCGAUUGUGAUCAGAGCAAGAAGCUGGUCACCAAACAGGUGGCAGAGAUCAAGUUACUCAAGGAUGAGUGUAAACGCAGGAAAAAGGUGAUCUCCACCCAACAGCUGAUGAUUGAGGCCAAAGCCAGCUAUUACCAGUGCCAUUUUUGUGACAAGGCUUUUAUGAACCAAGCUUUUCUACAAAGUCACAUUCAGCGCCGCCAUCUUGAAGAUUCUCACCUUGAGUAUAAGAAGAAGGCGCAAACAGAUAAGCUCCAGGAUGAGAUUGACAUGUUGAAGGAGCAGCUGCAGCUCACCAAGUCUCAGCUGGAGGCAGCCCAGCAUGCCCAUGCAGUCAGAUUUUCUAAGGAAUAUGAAAUGCAGAAAACAAAGGAGGAAGACUUUCUGAAGUUAUUUGGUAGAUGGAAAGAAGAAGAAAAGGAAAAGCUAGUUGAUGAAAUGGAAAAAGUCAAGGAGAUGUUUAUGAAGGAGUUUAAAGAAUUAACUUCCAAGAAUUCAGCAUUAGAAUAUCAAUUGUCAGAAAUACAGAAGUCCAAUAUACAGAUCAAAUCCAACAUAGGCACGUUAAAAGAUGCACAUGAGUUUAAAGAGGACCGUCCUCAGUAUCCCCAGGAUUUUCAAAAUGUGAUGCAACUUCUUGAUAGUCAGGAAAGUAAGUGGACAGCUCGAGUUCAAGCUCUUCAUCAAGAACACAAGAAAGAAAAAGGCCGACUCCUGUCACAUAUAGAGAAACUUAGGAGCUCCAUGAUAGAUGAUCUAAAUGCAAGUAAUGUUUUCUAUAAGAAGAGGAUAGAAGAGCUAGGGCAGAGACUGCAGGAGCAGAAUGAGCUGAUCAUUACUCAGAGACAGCAGAUUAAAGAGUUUACCAGUAAACCAUUAAACAUUGCCAGUGAACCCAAAGUGAAUGCCCCUGCACCACAGACUUUGGAUGCUAAAUCAAGUUUAACGUUGUUACACAAACAGGCAUUCUCAUCGCACAUACUGGAACCAAUAGAAGAGCUUUCAGAGGAAGAAAAAGGAAGGGAGAAUGAGCAGAAAUUAAAUAACAAGAUAAGUUUAAGGAAAGCCUUGAAGAAUAAAUCUUCCCUCACUAAGGAAAUUAGAGCAGUUUUAAAGCAGAGUUUGGUGGAGAAACUGGAAACCUUGGGGAUUGAUGCAGAUAUUCGUGGUAUUUCAAGCGAUCACUUGAAUAGAGUGCUGAGAACUGUGGAAUUGGCAAGACAUGAAAGAGAAAGACAAAUGCCUAAUAUUCAUCAAAUUCGGGAAUUCCUUGAGCAUAAGAUCAGCUGUAAAAUUGAGGAGAGAACAUUGCUGUCUUCAGAUAAGUACUGUGCUUCUCAAGUGGAUUCCCUUUCAACUGGAGAAAUCCCGAAAGCAGUGCAACUUCCUCGGAAAAGCAGACAUUUGGUUAGACAAAAACCUGUUUUUACUGAUAGGACAUCAGCUUCAAAAAUUGGGAAAAAUUUCAAAGAAGAUAAUUUUCUGAGAAAGUCUCCAACUGUUACGACUCCCCCCUUUAGUUCCGAAGAGGAAUUGGAUGAUGACCACUUCCUACCAGCGUAUACCUCCCCAGAGUUACUGCCUGUGCAGCCAUCUAAAGGCAACAAGAGUAGCUUUGGAAGGAGCACUGCCAGAAGUGAUACUGACUGCACUGAGGGAAGUGAAAUUGAGGACUCCGAUGUCUCUCCCAAGCCUACAGGAACUUCCAUUAAAACAAUAACUGAAAAAGUUGAAAAGACAGUUUCAAAUCACAGAAAUGUUAAUAAACCAAUUGGUGGAAUUAAUGUUGCCGAGGCAUUCAUCAAAAAAGAAUUACAAGAAGAACUAAAGUGCUCAGAUGUAGAGGAUGAUGUCUGGGACAUAUCAUCCUUAGAGGAAGAAAAAUCUUUGGGGAAGAAAACUGAGAAAGACCAGAGGGAGCCUCCAGUUGUGAAGAAUGAACCAAAUUCUACUCACGUUGCAAGUGCCUGGGGUGCAUCUAAUCCUAACGGGCCCAAGGGAGAAGGACUUCAAGACAAUGAAUCAAGCACAUUAAAAAGCAGCUUAGUAACUGUGACUGAUUGGAGUGACUCUUCAGAUGUGUAA